UGAAUGCGUUCGUGAAAAAAAAUGUUGGCAGGGCAGAGGAAGGGGACUUGAGAUGACAUUCUCGCAUCACUAGAGGCAUUGCUGCAGAGCUGUUGCUAUAGCACUCACACACACACACACACACACAGACGGGAGUAAGGGGCUGAAACCCUCCCAGCAGAUCAUUCAAUUAAAAACAAAAACACCUCGGAUAUCUUAGUGAUAAUGAGGACCUCGGAGAGUCUGAAUGAAGCAGAGUGGAAGAGACUGUGCACGAUAAAGCGGCUGAAGCGGAAGACCAGGGAUGUUAGCAGGCACGGAGAAAUACUGGAGAAAGUUUACGGAGGUGAGGAAGGAAGGCUGGGGGAUGCUUUGAUCGCCCGGCUGAGCGACACCAGCGACACUUUCCAAGCAGCGGCGGGUCCAGGCUGCGGCGCUGAGUUGCUGGGGCUGAGCCGGGGCGCUGUGAGCCCAGUCUGUGCGCCCGCUGCCCCCGCCCCGGGAGAACCGGGGCACGGUGAGGGGCUCAGCCCGGAGCCUGCCGCUCCCGCACGGAGGAGGUUCCCUCGCCCUCCCACGCCCCAAGCGGGCGCCGCCGAGCCGCGGGCACCCCCCGGGCAGCCGAGCCUGCAGCCCCGCGUCCUGCUGUGCCAGCGGCCCGCCGACGGCUGCUACGCCAGCCUCUCGCCCGCAGCUUACAGCCCGUCGCCUCGGAAGCGGCUGGCAGAGCCGCCCGGCACCGCCACCGAGAUCAAAGCCAUCCAACAGACCCGGAGGCUGCUGGCGAACGCCAGGGAGAGGACCAGAGUGCACACCAUCAGCGCUGCCUUCGAAGCUCUGAGGAAACAGGUUCCUUGCUAUUCAUAUGGACAGAAGCUGUCGAAGUUGGCGAUCCUGAGGAUAGCGUGUAAUUACAUCCUGUCCUUGGCCAGGCUGGCUGACCUCGAUUACAGCUCCGAUCACAGCAACAUGAGCUUCUCUGAGUGUGUGGAGCAGUGCACCAAGACCUUGCAAGCAGAGGGCAGAUCAAAAAAGAGGAAGGAAUGAUCCAGGGAAGGAGCGACAUAUCACAGGAACAUCACACAGUGAACUGGUGUCUAGCCAACACUGACAGGGAAAGCAGACGCCUAAGACAUUGAAGACCAGAUUUAGGAUUGCAGGAGACUUUCCACAGAACAGAGGCUAAUGCAAAAGAAACGAUGUUGCCGAUUUGAGGGAAAUCAAAAUGAAGCCACUUUUGUUGUGAAUAUCGACCUUUAAGAACAGUCAAGUCUCUCGAUGUGCAAUCUUCUCAGCACUUUCUCUUUUUGCUUUGAAGAAGGAAGAUGUUGUUUGGAGCCACCACUGACAGCACAGAGAACAAGAUAAAGAGGAAUCAUGCAAUUUUAAUGUUGAUAGUUAAAAAUCAAGCCAACACGUGCAGGCCCACUGGGUACAAUGUAAUGCAUUUUGUUUUUGGUUAACAAGAAUUUAUGAUGCUGUAGAGGAGUUUAUAACAAUCAUCUGCUUGCCAGGAUUAAUUGCAUAUUUUUGAUACUAUAAAUCGGAAUACUUUGCUGUAAAAA